GCAUCAUCCAGGGAAGUGGACGUCGCAAUAUCGGGUUGAGGGGUCUCAGGGGUCCUGGUUCUUAUGGCCCCUUCUAGACCAUUACCUAACUAUCACUGGACAGCAGGUUGAAAGCAACGGAGGCAGAUCCGGACCACGAAGUACCACACGAUUGGGCUUGGAUGAUGAGCAAGACAGGACCUGUAGCUCUAGGUGUUUCCAUGGUGCUACAAGUCUCUUUUCUCUCUACUGCAUCUCCUCCUCCUCUUCCUCCCUCUCUUUUCCUACCUCCCGCUCUCCCACUCUCUCUCCCCUCAACUCUCGCCCUUCCCCUUCUCUCACCCUACUUUCCCUCCGUCUAUCCUCAGUUGUCUCUUCGUAUCUCGGCCGCAAUCCCAUUCCAGCCCUUCUCGUUCCUGCCCGGGCCGCCCUCGCGCCCCUGCUGGCAGCUCACCGCAUCGCUAUAGCUAGCUACCGCCCCCCCCAAAUAUCUUCCUCCCAGCUAAUGACUUUGUCACUGGGACGACGCCUCUCCCACCACCGUUGGAACAACCAGCCAAUGUCAACGCCUUCAGUAAGCCUUGCCUUCGCCUUCAACCGCUGUGUCAACUUCUUCGGGGCGUUGUUGGGUCUUUGUCUGCUUCACCAGCUCGUCGAUCGCUUAUUAUGCCGCCUUUUUCUCUCAUCUUUAUGCCGAAUACCCCUCAAUCUCCCACCACCGCAAACGGCGGGGACGGAACAGUCCUCUCGUGACACUCAUCUCUCCUCACGAUCCUAAAAAGGCUAUCUUCAAGAAGCCAACUUCGAGUCCAGGUGGUUCUUGAAUGCGAGAAGCACUGGGAGCACUAGAUGCGCCCCCUUGGAUUAUCAUGCCUGGUCAGAAUAAGCCGACGCAGACCUUGCGGCCUCUGCUCCCGGCUCCCAGAGCUUUGCAGCCGCUUCCUCCACGUUUACCCCCAGCCUCGUCGAAAAAACGGUUAAUACCAAGCACAAAAGUUGCAUGUAAUACCUGUAGAUCCAAGAAGAAGGCCUGCGAUGGUAAAAGACCCGCAUGCACGCCUUGCACGGAGCUCGGAACGCAAUGCGUCUACAUCAGUGCCAACGAAACAGAGACGGCGGCGAUGGCUCUAAAACGAGAGAACCAGAUGCUUCGUGACAUGUUGAGUCAGCUUACGGCGAUGCCAGAAGACGUUGCUCAUCAGACUCUCAAGAAGCUCAAAUUCGCCGUGGACCCGUUCUCCGCCUUUCGCACCAUCAGACCAUCCGCGCCAAAGGAUGUCCGGGAAGUUUUACCUCACGUCCAUUCCGAUAUCGAGUUUGAGCUCACAAGACGGCAUCCUUCCGUGUACCCUCAAAUUCGGAGACUGUUACGCGGUGACGUGUUGGAGGGUGCGGCGUCGAGACCGGCCAAGGUGGCACGGAUUGCAAGCUCAUCCGGGGAGAGCCGCUCAGUCCCAGGCGACGGCAGAGACCGUGACACGGCCGAAGUGACGUUGUACAACCCUAGUUUCGCGUCGGAUGUCGGUACUCGGCCUUACAAUACGGCGUUCUUCAGCUCGCCGACGGGCCCUGCUCCUCCGCCUCCUCUAGUUCGCAAGGACCCACGGUUGAGGAAGCUUAACAUUGGCUUCUGGACCGUGGUGCCCAUUACCAACCAAGACGCGGCAGACGCCAUCUCAAUAUACCUAGAAACGGAUCAUCCGGUGUUGGGGUUGUUCGAUGCUGACCUGUUUCUUGAUGGCCUGAUUAGCGGAGAAGUGCGGUAUUGCUCUUCUCUCCUUGUCAAUGCCCUUCUUGCGUUCGCCUGCCAAGCGUACGCAGCAAAAAAUCCGGAAGCAUCGCGCUGGAGCCAGGAGUUUGAAGAUGAAGCAAACAAACUCUGGCUCGUGCAGAACGAUGACACUCUGCCCACCAUCGCCGCUUUGGCCUUCCUGAUUCAAUCCUGCGGAUGCAACGGCAAUGGCGAGCUGGAUGUUCGAUACAUCAAGGAGACGGCCGCCAUGGCCAAACGGCUGAAGCUCUUUGGUUGUCCUGAUGCAUACACAUUCGCAGAUCUGAGCCAUCUGUCAGAGGCGAAGGCUCGGGCAACCGCGCAGACCGCCUGGGGAGUCUUCGAUACUCUAAGCAUGAUAUCCCAGUACUAUCUACCAGCGACUACCGAGUAUCCGCCGAGGCUUCCGAUUCCGGGCAGCGGUGGGCUCGGGGGCUCGGAGACCGGAGUCGAACUGGCGCAGAGCAGCAGAGAAAGUAGCGCAGGAACUUCGUCGGAUCCUGAUACGGGUCCUCGACCGCGUUCCCAUUUGAAGAGGAGCCGGUCAUCGUCGUUGACAUGGCCUGUCUCGGAUAUAUUUACAGCUCUUUGCGAGUUGUGGAAGAUAUCGUCUCAAAUCACAUGGGUCUACCAGCACGACAGCAGUCCCGGACACUCGUCGCGAGCCUUCGCCCUAGAAAAAUACAGCAAGCUUCUGGUCUGGGCGGACAACUUGCCCGAGAGUAUGAAGCGUUGCGAGCACAGCCCGUAUCAGGUGCUCGUCUGCCACAUAUGGUUUCACGGCACGGUCCUCUAUCUCCUGAGGCCAUUCAUUCCCAGUGACCAGCAGCACGGUUUUAGGUCAUGGUCACCGUCGGCAGACCGGAUCCAUGCCUUCUUCGCUGCCUCGAUCGAGCAGCUGAAAGAACUGGCCGAACUGUACGCGUCGUGUCCACAGUCAACGUACAGCAUCUUCGGCCACCCGGCGCUUCUCCACGUCGCCAAUGCCGUGGCCAGCGACAUCGGCAACCCAGAGUGGCGGAUCUAUUUUAUGAGCUGCAUCCGUGCGUACCAGGCCCUCUACAGCUCGUUUACGGUCGCCGAGGUGAUUGCCGGGGGUCUAUUGUCCAUGGUGGUCAGGAAAGGUGCCAUGGAUACAGCAGAGGCAUUUGGUCUGCUACAGGAGCUGAGGGCAAAGAAGAGCCAGAAGCUCGUGGGCCGGGCGACUGGGAUGUUUGUGACGGAUUUCGACCUGGCCGUGACGGAUCGUGAGGCGGCGAGGGCAGAUCGGAUGAUGGAGAAGUUUGAGGAGAUGACCAUUUUGGACGAGUUUACCCACGGCGUCAUAUAAAGGGAGAGCGUGCGUGCGUGGUUUGUCUCUGGAGGGGUAUGGAUCAGACCAUGCAUUUGAGUCGGUGUUAUUUGACUAUGUUGAUACCCUGAUGACACUGAUAGUAGCAGAGAGCAGAGAAGAUUAUAUCUUGCCCUUGGGGGUAGCCGGUAGUUCCAAGUCAUAAAGUUCCUUUGCUUGGGCUGUUGCUUCCGUGCUCUUCCUCAAUACAACACAAACGAAGCCUACUAAGCAC